ACUAAACAGCCCGGGAGAAGCUGAGCGCGCCCCCGACUCCGGAAGUGACAGUCUGCGCGCGUUCACGAGCGGCUGGAGCGAACCGGCAACGACGACCCGGAGAAGAGGAGCCGGCGGACAAACGAGCCACGGAAUGAGACUUAACCGUGUCUGUUCCCUGAAGUUCAGCCGUCACUCACAUCACGCUGCUCCUUCUAAAUAAUCUGUGAACCGAGGUCCUGACACAGGAGUGUUGAAGAGCCUCUUCCUUUCCCAAACAUCGCCCCGCUCCACCGCCGCAGGAAAGAAAGAGCCCGUUAUUCCUGUGACCCCGGAGCGAGAAGAGGAGUGUGAGCAUAGUGUGUGAGCAGCUCUCCCUAUGUGUGUCACAAUGGGAGACAUCAGUGACCUGGACCGACAGAUAGAGCAGCUCCGACGCUGUGAGCUUAUUAAGGAAAAUGAAGUCAAAGCACUGUGCGCUAAAGCCAGAGAGAUUCUGGUGGAAGAAAGCAACGUUCAGAGAGUAGACUCUCCUGUCACAGUGUGUGGGGAUAUCCACGGUCAGUUCUAUGACUUAAAGGAGCUGUUCAGAGUUGGCGGCGACGUCCCAGAGACAAAUUAUCUCUUCAUGGGCGACUUUGUGGACAGAGGCUUCUACAGUGUGGAGACAUUCCUUCUUCUGCUAGCUCUUAAGGUCCGCUACCCAGACAGGAUAACCUUGAUCCGGGGGAACCACGAGUCUCGCCAAAUCACCCAGGUCUACGGCUUCUACGACGAGUGCCUCCGUAAAUACGGCUCGGUCACCGUGUGGAGAUACUGCACGGAGAUCUUCGACUACCUGUCGCUCUCUGCCAUCAUCGACGGCAAGAUCUUCUGCGUGCACGGCGGUCUGUCUCCUUCCAUCCAGACCCUGGACCAGAUCAGGACCAUCGACAGAAAACAAGAAGUACCUCAUGACGGGCCGAUGUGUGACCUGCUGUGGUCGGACCCUGAAGACACCACAGGGUGGGGGGUCAGUCCCAGAGGGGCCGGCUACUUGUUCGGGAGCGACGUCGUGGCUCAGUUCAACGCCGCCAACGACAUCCACAUGAUCUGUCGAGCUCACCAGCUGGUCAUGGAGGGAUACAAGUGGCACUUCAACGAGACGGUGCUCACCGUGUGGUCGGCACCCAACUACUGCUACAGGUGUGGGAACGUGGCGGCCAUCUUGGAGCUGGACGAGCAUCUACAGCGGGAGUUCAUCAUCUUCGAAGCAGCGCCGCAAGAGACCAGAGGCAUCCCCUCCAAGAAACCAGUAGCCGACUAUUUCCUGUGAAGUUUUUCAAGAUUAAAACAACACCCCACAACAACAACAACAAACAAACAAACAAACAAACAAACAAACAAACAAACAGCCAUGAUGUGUUGAAACCUCCCGCACCAUUUCACACCGGCCUCCCUCCCUCCCUCCCUCCCUCCAUCCUGCUGCUGCUGGACGCUCCUGUCAGUCUGAACUCAGGGCAGUGAGACAGAAACCCUGCCGGACCCCCUUCGACCAGGAGCUGGAUUUCUGCUGCGCUGCCCGAGCCUGGCAGAGCGCUCACUGUGAAAGGUGUCGGGGGGGCGAGGCGGAUUCUACGGGGCCCAUGACUGUUGUCUCUUCUCCUCAGAUAAAUAAAGACGGCCAUCUUCUUUCUCUCCUUCCACUCCUCCUCCUCCUCCUCCUCUUCUUCUCUCUUUCUGUAGAUACUGAUUAACUCCGCCUCCUGUAGUUCUUUUCAUGACGAACACUUAGUUUUAGAAUAAUUGGAAGGAGUUUAACUUUUUUCUUUCUUCUCCCCCAAAUUAUGCAGAAGUAGGAACAUUUUAUCUUUCAAGGAAUUCCUUCGAUGCAUUCGUUGUCUUCUUGUUUUUUUGAUUUUUGUAUAAUUGUUGCUGUCGUCAGGAUCGAAUGCAAACCGCUCUCAUGUUUCUGUUGAGCUGUCCUGUGUGUGUGUGAGUGUCACUAUUUAACAGACUGGGUGCUGCUGCUGCUGCCGCUCAGCUCGGCACCUCACCAACAAACACCAGAAAUGCUCAGACCGGCCACCAGGAGUCGCUUUAGUCACCGUUGUUUUCUCUCUUAAUUCAUCUUAAUCUACAAAUCUCUGUAGGUCUGUCAUUUUUGAUAUUGUGAGAAUAAAGUUUUUGUAUCAAUGCCGA